AUGUCUGCCCCUCCUCCUAACCUGUUCAACACCGCUAUGGCUAGCCGACCCGUAUACCCGCCUUCUGGAGGUCAAGAAUCUCCUCGCAGCGAAGUAGAUCUGGACUUGGCCCUUCAGCUUCAAGAGCUCGAGAUCAACACCCUCAAGGACACUGUCGCUAUGCAUAACGAGGCAACCAAGGACCUCCGCGAUACCAUCGCCAUGCAAAAGGACGCAAUCGCCGACCACAGGGAGACAUCAAAAGAUCUCCGUGAGACCGUCAAGGUUCUUCGGGAGCGCAAUGGCGACCUUCAAGAGCUCAACAGCCACCUCGCUGUCAAGAACGCGGCCCACGUCGACCAGCGAGACAAGCUUCAAGAGACCAGGAUUGAGCUGGCAGAGCUUCGGGACGAUCAUGUUGAGCUAAUCGACAACAACAAGCGCGAAGAGGAGCGCGUCGAUGAGCUGAACGACAAGGUCAAGGAACAAGACGAUGUCAUCAAGGACCUUCGACAGCAAUACUCAAGCUUAAGCACCACCUACCAAAAGCAUAGUCUCUAUGUAUCUCGGGUCUCUGCAGCGUACAAGGCCAAGGACACGGCGUGCCAGGAACUCAAGAACGAGCAUAAGGAGCUUCAGGUCACCUACAUGACCAAGACCGGCGAGCAUAGCGCAGCUAUGAACGACCUAUCUGCCUUGCAUGAAGCUAAGGAAUCAGAGCUACAAGAGCUGAAGGACGAGCUGCAAGAGCUUCGCGACUACUACAAGGGCCACGAAGAGCUUGUGGAAGGGCUGACGACUAAGACCAAGCAGCAAGACGGCAUUAUCAAUGGUCUCAAAAGGCAAAACGACGCCGUCGAUAGCAAGCAGCGUUUCACCAUCGUCGAGCUCACUGUCGCGAUCAAGGCCAAAGACGAAGCGUUCCAGACACUGAAGAGUGAGCAUGAGAGGCUCCAGGCCACCUACGCGACUACGACCAGCGACCAUGGUGCUGCUAUGAAAAACCUCUCUGCAGCACGCAUGGCUCUGGAAGAAGAGCUGGAAGAGCUGAAGGAUGAACUGAAAGAGCUUCGCGACUACUACCAGGGCGAUUAUUACGAGGGCGACGAGGAGGUCAAUGGUGGAUCGGAAGACAGGAUCAAGGAGCAGGACAAGACUAUUGCUGAGCUCAAUGCCAAGAUAGAUCAGCUAACAAAGAAAGCUCAGAGGAAGGCCGGCCUUCGGAUAAUCGAGGCUGCGAAGUCGGAGCAGGAGGCCCAGAAGUCGCAGCAGGACACACAGCAGCGAGAUGAUACCAUCGGGUGGUUGAAGUGGGAGGUACAUGAACAAUCUGAGACCAUCGCAGAGCUGGAAAAGCAACUUACCGAGGUCAAGAAGAGUGAAGAAGUAGAUGCGGGAAGGAACGAUGUUAUCGAGACGUACAUGCGACAGCUGGAGGAAAAGAAUACUGAUAUCGAGGAGCUGCAAGAGCAAGUUCUCGGGAGCGUGUCCGAUAAGACGGCGCGUAAACUUGCCAACAAGCUGAUUGCCAAACACAAGAAGCGUGGCGAGACUCUUAAGGAAGUGAAGCGGCAGGUGAAGGCAAAGGAUGCCUACAUUAAGGGCUUGGAGGGACAGGUCUCUAACUUGGAGAAUGAGGUUCGCAACUUAGACAGUAAGAUUUACUACUUGGAAGGAGGCGAAUUCUAG